AUGCAUUACAUACGGCUCCUUCGAGCGCCAACGCUCACGCGCGAGGAGAACAGGACACACCCCUGGUCCCUCAACGUCGUCUUCACCAUCACAACCGACCUGGGCGACUCCUUCCUCACACCAGAAGAUGAUGACCCCGUCAAGAUCAAAGUCUCUGCCGGUUGGGAACAGCAGAAGCAACAGAAGGAUCAACCGAAGAAAAGGCAGAAAGGUGAGACCAUGACGCUGGCCGCCGAAAAGGUCCUGCGCUGGACCCCUGGUAGGCGCGUCCUCAAGGCAGACAUCCCAGCUCAACACCUCCCCGGGCGUGGGCCCCUACCCAACACCAACGGCCUCGGUCCGCUGAAGGUACGCAUACGCGCCGAGGGUGAUAAAUCAGCCGACACGGCGAUGAGCGUCAGUUUCGCGGGGUGCGAGGGAGAGUGCGGCAAGAUCUUGCCCCUCUGGGCAGACGUACAGACACCAGGCUCAGAGGCGCCGAUGACAUGCGUCCGGAGACUUGAACACGGUGAUCGCCCCUCGGAGCCGGUGUUUGAGAUUGAGGAGGAUAUUGGGGAGAGUAUUGCGCGGCAUAUCUGGGAUGCUGGGUUGAUGGCUGUUUCUGGGCUUUGGCAGGUGAACACGCGGGAAAGCUUCGCUGCGGAGAAGCACCCGUGGCUCAUGAAGACAUUUCACGGCCUGCUCUUCGGAAACGGGCCGGUGAAUAUCCUUGAGCUGGGCUGUGGCGUUGGGAUCUUGGGGAACGGGCUCGCGCAGCUCUUGUCGGGUGCGGAUCCCAAGGGUGAGGGUUCCGUCCUCAUGACGGAUUUGCCUGAAGCUGAGCAUCGCGCUUGCGCGAAUAUCGAGAGGCUUGUGACGAAUGGGGCAGCGAAUAUCCAUCCGCGGUAUGAGAACCUUGACUGGGACGACGGUCGGAAGGGGGUGUUUGGGCCGCUGGUCAACGCCAAGACGUGGGACGUCGUCGUCAUGAGCGAUUGCACCUACAACGUGGACUCGCUGCCUUCUCUGGUGAAUACCUGGACGGCGAUCCACGUGCACAACAUCUCGAAAAGCUCGAAUGAGUCUGCGCAGACGUGGGUGUACAUCGCCUGGAAGAAGCGACAUCCGGACGAGAAUGAGUUCUGGAACCAGGUCGAUAGCCAGGGGUGGACUCUACACGAAGAAGAUGUGGUUGACUUGCCCGUGCUCGGCGGCGAGACGGAGAGGAUCUUCACGUACCUCUUCAGCAUGAAGUCUACCAAGUUCGGGCUGGAUGAGGAGAAGGGAGUCUGGAAGUGCUCCUAG